CUGUGCUGCCAACAAGAACGACCACGAUGCAACGAGGAGGCAGCGCGUACGGGCUCGAUAAGGAGCUCGCGACCAAGGCGAUGGCCAAGUACGAUACGAACGCCGAGGCCGAAGCGCGCGACUGGAUCGAAGCCAUCACGGGCAAGGCCAUCGGGCCCGACUUUGGCCUCGGCUUGAAGGACGGCGUGAUCCUCUGCGAGCUUGCCAACGCCGUCGAUCCCGCGAGCCGCAUCAAGAUCUCGACGUCGACGAUGCCCUUCAAGCAGAUGGAGAACGUCACGGCCUUCAUCCGCGCCUGCCGCGGGAUGGGCGUCAUGGAGUUUGACUUGUUUGAGACCGUGGAUCUUUUCGAGCAGAAGGACCUCGGCGUCGUCGUGCGCUGUCUGCACGCGCUGGGCCGCACGCUGCAAAAGAAGGGCACGUACAACGGACCGCUUCUCGGCGUGAAGGAGUCGACGCGCAACGAGCGCACGUUCACCGAGGCGCAGCUCGCCGAGGCGCGCCACGCGACCUCGCUCCUCAACAUGGGCAGCCAAGCGAUCAUGGAGCGCCCGAACAUUGACGUCACGACAGGCGUGACCUUUGGCGCCGACUCGACGUCCGACCUUCCGCCCGUCUCGUCGGGCUACUCGUCGCCGCCGUCGUCGUCGACCAUCGCCACGAUCCCGACGAUUCUGACCAAGAACGCCCAAGGCGCCUUCUCGUCCCCCGACAAGCCGCUGCAGCGCACGCCGUCCGCAAACAAUGGCUCGCCGACAAAGGCAUCGUCCUCCGUGGCGGCCCGGUGGAUGUCGGCAGCGCAAUCCAACAACGCGACGCCGACCCCGUCGGUCACACCGCCCAAGCAAGCCGCGCCGGCGCCCGUCCAGCGCACUCCGUCCGCGCAGUCGGUGACACCGCCCAAGCAAGCAGCGCCGGCGCCCGUCCAGCGCACUCCGUCCGCGCAGUCGGUGACGCCGCCCAAGCAAGCCGCGCCGGUCCAAGUCUGGGGCGGUGGCCACGGCCUAGACGCAGAGCUUGCGUCCAAGGCGGUCGCCAAGUACGACCAUGCGCUGGAAGCCGACGUAAAGCAGUGGAUUGAGGCAGUGACGCACCGAACGCUCACCGAGUUUGGCCCAAGCCUCCAGAACGGACAAGUGCUCUGCGUGCUCAUCAACACGCUGUACGCAAUCUCGAUGGCCGACGAGACGCCGAUCCAGAUUGACACGUCGUCCGUCGCGUUCAAGCAGAUGCAAAACAUCGAGCACUUUCUGGACGCGUGCCGCGCGAUCGGCGUGGCGGCCGUCGACGUCUUUGAGACAGUCGACCUCUUUGAGCUCAAGGACUUGGGCGCGGUCGUGCGCUGCCUCUUGGCCUUGAACCGCGCCGUCGUCAAGAAAUUUCCAGCGUACCCUGGCCCGGUGCUCACGGCCGCAGUCGCUCCAUCGACACCGGUCAAGCAGGUUGAAACUCCGGUCGCUGCCACGCCGGUGUCGUCCUGGACAGCUCCUGUCGCGUCCUCGUGGAAUACGCCGAUCGCAAAGACGCCAGAGACACCGGCUGUCGAGACCAAGCCAGCGCCGGGCGUGAACCCGAUGCUUCGCCACUCGUCCUCGAAGGGUCUCCCGACGCGGACCAACUGGCAGUAGUGUGUGUGAUUGUCUGGAAUUAUUUCUAAUACUGUUGUGAUGGAGCCGAGA